UGUGCCUACAUGCGGCCAAAUGCCCACGGGAAUCACUCCUGGCCAGAGUCCCUGGAGCCCGAGGAGGCAGAGCCCAAGGCACCGGCCCAGGAGGCAGAGGAGGCUCCUGCAGAAACACCUGAAGUCCAGACAGAGACGUCUGACGAGGAGUCGGAUGAAGAGCUGGAGGCGUGGACACCUCCAGAGAUCCUGCCACCUCCAUCAGCCUCUCCGGUGGCAGCUGUGGAGCCGGGGCCGGCCUGGGAGGCACCUGCAGACAUGACUGAGGCCCCACCACCCCUGGAUGAGGAGCCCUCCCUGGAACCUGCCCAGGGUCCUGCCUCAGAGGAGGAGCUGCCUCCUGAAACCCCAGCAGCGCCAGCUCCAGAGCCGCAGGCUGAGACUGCUCGCCGUCUCCCCUCAGAAAAACUGGACAAAAAUGCAGAAAUCUGGAAAGACAACUUCAUGCUGGAAAGCAGUCCUCACGACCCAGGCCAGAUAAAGUUGUGA